UGUCCUCUACUUCGAGCGUCUUAUCCAAUCUCCUCAACACCCUUCAAUCUAACUUUGUUCGAGGCGCACUCAGCGACAAAGAACGUCUAGAGUUUUUGCGUCAUGUCAUCGCAAACAGUCGAGGUUGGGAACUCGAGCAAAUCGAGUCGUGGCUGCCAGUGUACCUGCAGCGCGAUUUUAUCGGAUCCUUGCCGUGUGAGAUUGCAUGGAAAAUUAUCAAAUAUCUCAAUGGCUCAGAGGCCGUCACAUGCCUUCAAGUCAAUCAUCAGUGGCAUGAAGUUGUCUCCAGUUGUCAGUCAAUAUGGUUGUGGCAGUCGUCACGAAUUGGCAUCAACGUAGAACGAGUCAUCAGCUGCCAGAGGAUGACGUCUGGUUUUGUCGAUUGGAGACGAAUGCUUACUGAACAUCAGAAGAGAAUUCAUUCGUUAAGUGACUGUGGGUUGCAUCUUGUGUGGUGUCUACGUGGACACAGAUCUCCUAUCACGGUGCUUCGUUGUCGAGGCAGCACGUUAGUGAGUGCAUCUGACGAUAGGACGUUGAGAGUAUGGGAUUUGUUAUCUGGGCAAUGUACGAAAGUGAUCCAAGCUGCUUGCUGUAGCGAUCUACAAUAUGACGAUAACGUCAUUGUGGCUAGUUUUUACAGCUCAGAGGCUGCAUCUUGGAGCAUGGAAUCUGGAGAUCGGAUACAAAUGUACAAAGGACACACAAGCGCAGUGCUAAGCAUUGACUUCAACUAUGCAGCUGACUUGGUGGUGACUGGAUCUGCUGACGUGACAGUCAUGCUAUGGAAGUUGCACGAAGGAGUGUGCUUGAGAGUGCUUGAGGGCCACCUGCAUUGGGUUCAUCAGGUUGUGUUGAAACAUACAUCUGUGAACUCCGAUGUUCACAAGACUGGAGAUCUGGUGCUACUAACAAGCGACCAGAUUUCACUAAAGGUGUGGAGCUCACAUGUUGUUGAAGAUGGGAGGUGCACUAAAACUAUGACGUUGAACGGAGGCAAUCGGUUUAGUUCAAAGGGUCCUCUGAUGUUUGAUGGUUGGACAGUGACGUGUCCAUUACAAGACAAAAUGUCUUUGGUGCAAAUACCCUUUUCGUCUUUGCAAAUCAACAGGCCCGUACAACUUCCUAGUCAUCUUGCAGGCACAUGCAUCGUUAUGGCUGCUGGUACAUCACUGGCAUUGGUGUGUAGCGGUGGCUACAGCAAGCAUUUGAACAUUGUGAACAUUCCCCUGAUGAAGCAAGUGGGUAGUGUCUCUUGGGAUUCGGAGUAUUUUUUGGCCGAGUAUAGCUGGUGUCUCACUUCAUUGAGUGGGAGAGAUCCGGUGUGGUUAGAUGGCGCAAGUGGGAAUGUAUUGGGCCAACAAGAUAAGGACACGUGUUGUGGCGUUCAACUCAUAUUUGCAGACCACAUGCAGCAAAUUCACGUCUUAAGGACAUCGAGGAUGGUGGAUGGUCAAUGACAAUGUGACCUAACGGUAAACACUAAUUUCUAAUUUCUAUUGAUAUUAAUUGAUUUUGUAUUGUAUGUGUAUAUACUUAUGGUUGUCUUGUAUAUACAAGUGAGUACUUGUGUUUGUAUUUAUCAACUUGUUGGCAACUCUUGGUGUUAAUUGGUAAUGUCAUUAUCUAUAAAUGCCACAGACUAUGAUCUCAUGUGAUUUUGAUCAGAAACCGAAACACUUAUUGUCUGGUUAGCUACACUAUAAUCCGGCAUCUAUUUAAACAUUUUUACAUAAGGUUUAUUUCUUGUAUGGUUUUUGUAUAGAUUAUUGUCUGAGUAUUGGAAGCCAUAUAGCACACUAAUCAUACGAUAAACUAUUUGUACCUUUGUCACGUGACGUGUAUAAGUACCAGUAAAUGAAGUUGUGUUCUACUUGCUUUAGGGCUACGAGCGUA